AUGGGUAUCGAAUUCAACGUCUUCAAAGGAUCGAAAAGCGGAGAAAUCAUUGAGGGCAAAGGCUAUCGUGACCCAAAGUCAACUGAGGUUAUCGUCAAGAUAUCACAUUGCGGUGUGUGCGGUAGCGACGAGCACUUCCGGCAUGCCGAGCAAGGCCUCGGACACGAAGGUAUUGGUAUCAUCACCGAAGUGGGGUCCUCCGUCCAUGAUAUCUCCGAAUUUCGUGUAGGCGACCGAGUAGGGAUGGGCUGGUUCCACAAGUUUUGUGGCUAUUGCAAACAAUGUACAACAGGUCGCCAGAAUCAGUGUAAAAACAGCACAUGCCUCGGUAGUGCAGAUCUGGAUCAAGGUUGUUUUGGGACUGCCGUCGCCUGGGACGUAUCGACGCUUUUCAAGAUCCCAGACGCAAUUGCAUCUGAGGAUGCUGGUCCGCUGAUGUGCGCAGGCGCUACCGUGUGGAGUCCCCUCUACGAUCAAGGCUUACGUGCGGGUGAUCGUGUCGGCGUCAUAGGUAUUGGUGGGCUAGGGCAUCUGGCCAUCCAAUUCGCGUCCAAAAUGGGCAUGGAGGUGGUCGUAUUCUCGAGUACGGAAUCCAAGAAGCAGGAAGCUCUAGCUUUCGGCGCAUCUGAAUUCCACGUUACCAGCGGUGUAACAACCCUCGGCAGCAUUGCCAAGGUGGAUGCUCUCUUGAUCACCACCAACGUCAACCCAGACUUGUCACUAUUUCUACCAGUCUUAGCAGCCGGGUCGAAGGUGUUCCCUUUGACUAUAAGCAUGGAGGUUCUGCCGUUUACGCCGCUCUCUUUGAUUGGGGGCAGUAUCAGUGUUAUUGGGUCGGGUUUGGCACCAAAUGCCAGCGUCCAAGUCAUGCUUGCUUUUGCUGCGAAACACGGCGUCAAGCCUCAGAUCGAAAAGUUCCCAAUGACGCAAGCUGGUGUCACUGAAGCUAUGCAGAAGCUCCGAGAUGGUAAGAUGAGAUAUCGCGGAGUCUUGGUGGUACCAAAUUAG